UUGACGCCUUGACGCUAGUUGAUGAAUUUUCAUACAGUUCUAUUUCGUUUACAAAUCCCGGUUUAUUAGAUAGAAAAUUAAUAAUAAUUUAUUCACACAAAUGAAUCGCCAUUUAUUUACAUGUGCAAAAUCUAUAAGUGUUCGUACCUAUUGCAUAGAUAAUAUGCGUCUUUUAUCAUUUUGCAUGUGCGUGAAAGAAAUGUCAGAAUAGAAGAAACGUAGGUUUGUCGCUGUUUUGACAAUGUAAUGCCUAAUUUUUAUAUACGUUAAUUUUUACAAGAGUGCUUAGUUGUGUAUAGUGAAACAGAUGAUCAAUAAAAUUGUAAUGAUACGAACAAGUGCAGUGUCGGUUAGAUAGUUUUUGACAGCCGGCAGGCUCGUCGUAAGCGACCAAAGAUUGGCUCCAUAAAAAUGAACAGUCGCAGUAGUGUAAAUGAAACAAAUUUGGUGAAUUUCUCGACCGAUCUGUCGACACUGAACCAAUUAGACACGAAGGACGGCUUGCUGAGUUUCCCAUUCGACCACAUUUAUGCAUGUCACUCUGAAACCUCGGACCGGAGGCAGGCGCUUCAACUCGAUAAAGAAGUCGAGAUCUCUACGCAUUGUGUAGUAUCCGAGGAGAAGGACUUAGUUGUGACCUCGGAAGUCAGCAGACUCUCUGGUCAGUUGGCUGCAUCUGAGAGCCAAAACAAGAGGUUGAAGGAUCUACUCAUUUACCACCUAGACUUGAUCCAGCAACAAAACGAACUCAUUACUAAAAGGGAAAAAUUAUAUCAAGCCUUAAAACAGGAAAAUGAUACUCUCAAAACUAAGCUGAACAGAAGAGUAAGUACAGUGAGUCAGAGGCACAGCAACCCGCCGCCGCUCGUUCAUGUCCCGCCAGGAGGCCUGCCGCCCCCCACGCCUGUGGUGCCCCCGGUCACCUCAACUGUGGUGAAAGCUGAACCCGGACCACCAGCACAGAUAAUGCUGAACAGCUUCACUGAGCUUCUACUGCCUGAUACCAGAACAAAUUCAUUUCUGUACGAUAGUGAUUUGAAUAAAAACAAACCUUUUGGCCAAGAUUCUUUUGAGAUCAGCAGGGGCACAGAAGACGUGUCAACUUUCUUGCAAGGAAACCUGGGUGUUUCCUCAAUUUUGGAUAAUAAUUUAAACCGUGACAAUUUUACAAUGAUUGAAAAUAAGCGUACACCGUUUGUCACCAACAAGAAAGAAAUAAUGACUGAACCCCGUUCUGAAGCUUUGUAUACUGUGACUUCAAAUAGUGGUAAUCCUGUCAUCCAAAGAAUACAGAGAAAUAAACGAAGGACAUCCUCUGCAUUGGGAAGCUUAAGUAGAAUGUCAAAGACUCCUGUUGCUAAGCCUGAGGUUUCUGAAAGCAGCAAAAUGUUUGAUGAUGAUAAAUUCAGUCCUUUUAGUAUCAAUAAAAAAUCUAAAAUGAUCAAUACCUAUGGUAAGUCAAAAAAUGCCAUAAAUAAAAGGACUUCACAAUUCACCGGAUCGCUUUCGGACAGGCUGCAGUUGAUUGACACGACGCCUACUGGGGAAGAUCCUUACCAGCUCGGGGAGGCGGACUUGAGGGAGCAAUCGCCGAUUCCAAAACUUAUGUUUCAAAAGUCCAAUCAUAGUAGAAUGAAAAUGUCUGCAGAUGGCACGAUGGAAGCUGCACCAACCCGCCGCAUUUACGACCCUGCCGAGACCACUGUCAAGCCCACGCCCAAGACCAAACUGGAUAGGUUUCACAUGCCCAGCACCUACGUACAACCCCCUGAAAGAAAAAAGGAAGUCAAAACACUUAUCAUUCAAGAACCCGAUCUAGAUAUAGUGAAAACAGAAACAGAAAUUGACUGGCGAAUUUACAACCCAAAUAAACCGGGAAAUGAGACAAGUUUGUGUGAUUUCUCCUAUGGAGAAAAUCCAAAUAAUCUAGCAUCCAAUAUUCUGCCAUCUUUGGAUUCAGUUGAGUUUCAAGAACUCUUCGCGCCGUCGUCUCCGUUACGUUUGGAGAACCUAAACUCUGUGGAAUACAACACCACUGUUGAUCAAAGUGUCUUGGAUAAAUCAACUAAACGAACAGUCAGGACUCACAGUCUUAUGGGCUCUAAUCUUUUAGGUGGUGAACCCGGCCAAGUUAGCAUGCCAGGCAUGCUUGAUAGCAAACGCGGCAGAAAACGGGCUCUCUCUACUACAGGUCUAGGGAAAAAUGCAAAAAACCAAAAUAUCCCGAAAGUGCCUGGGGCUCCACCUAAACCCAAACCAGUCAAAGGGAAAGCGGCUUGCCGUGGGAAAAAAUCUCCCACGCCCGGAAUGGUGACAAAGAAGCCCUACCACACAUUGGUGGGUGAUCCGGAUCUGUCGUGGUACCUCGGCCUGGACCCGGAUGUGAAGCUGGAGGAUGUGGACCAAACCGGAGACAGCAAAGUUUCCACUGUUGAGGUACCGAGGUGGCGAGAAAAGCCGUAUACCAGUACGUAUACGCUCGAAGGAACGGAGAAUUUGGAUGAUAGGGUUUUUGAAAAGCGACAUCAAAAAUUAGAGGCCGAAGAGCGACGGCAACUUAGAUGGCACAUGCGGCGGAUCCGCGAGCAGCGGCACGUCGAGCGGCUACGGCAGCGGCAGCGCGACCCCUGGGGCGGCGGGGCGCGCGCUCCCGCCGUCUACACCGUGUGGCCGCAGCCCCAGCGCGACGUGCGCUUCAUCGAGAUCACCGACACGCUGCCCGUGAUGGCCUUCGGAGAGAUCCUGCCAGCGUUGCCGAACGCAGACUUCAUGCUGCCGUGGGUGAGGACUUCGAAAGCUUUGAAGAGAUCCAAACGAUCUAAAACUUUACAUUAGGUUAUUUACUAACAUUGGUUAUAUUGCGUAUGUAAUGCAAUGUAGGGUUUUAGAUGUUUUACAUAUACUUACAAAUAAGUAAUCCCCAUGCAGUUAAUGUUUGGUACCUAUGUAAACAUUAGUUAUUGUCCUUUUAUUAUGUAGGAGUUUAAAUGUAUUUCAUGAAUGAAAUAGACUUCUUAUUAAGUGAUAAGGAAUGUGUCACAAUGGUUUAGUAGAGCUCACAGGUACUCAUUGAUUGCAAGUCGUCUUCGCGUUUGCGGUACAGUGCAGGCGUAUUGUGCGAUGGAAAUAUAGUUUAACUAACGUCUGUUGUUUAUAGUCGUCAUUCACUGUUUACCGAUGAUCAUUUCUGUCUUAAUUGACAAAUAGCACCUCUAGUGCUAUAUCUUGCAAGUGACACUGUGUGCUCUCUGAAUCGGUUCGUUUGUGAUGGAUAAUGUAAAUACGCUUUGAAUUGUAACAACUGUGAAGAAUGGACUGAAUUGUAAAUAUUACUGUAUGUUAUUGUUUUUUUUAUAUAUUUUUGUUGGAACUAUGUACGAAUUGAAUGUUGUCUCUUCUACUUUUUGUGCUUGUGUGAAUAGGUGAGUGAUGGAUGUCUGAAGCGAGUUAGGUGUAAUGUUUAUUAUAAUUAUUGUAUCAGUUGCUAUCCGUGCGGAAGUAAUAUUAGCGAUGUGUAUGUUAUUUUGUACACGUAAUUAUGUAGUAAAAAAAUACGAAAACCAAACAUUAAAUAAGAAGGAUCAUGUAAAGUUUGAUUAAUAUUGUAUUAUACUAAGUAUCUUAGGUCAUAAUUAUAUCCUAGUUGUUACCACGCGUGAUAUAGGGACGAUUGCGUGAUUCACAGUGGUGUAUGCUUAUAAAUAGCGUGUUAAUUAAGUAUGCUUAAAAGUAGUGCGCUCCUGCAAGCGUGCAUGUUGCUUGAAACAUAUUUAUUGGUUGUUCUGACCUCCCACCCGUGAGUCCGGAAGCAUGCUUGAAAUCAUUUGGAUGUUGAGCUUUGAGCAUACUCACUUACAAGAAUAUAUUUGACACAAGCUUGUAAGUAGAUAUUACUUAACACAAAUAAAAGCAUGUUACGUGUGCAGCACACGGUAUGCUUGAGAUUGGUUCAGAGCAUAUGGUAAAUAAACUACGCAGUAAACCUCAAUAUAAAGAAAUAUUCCAGUGUUAUUGGAAUGGAGUGAUAAUUGAUAUGGAGAAAAGUCGAAAAGUUUCCGUAGUACACUCGUAGUAAUACAAUAGUGGUGUAUUUUUAAAGCCAUAGUAUGACGCAAACGCUUAGUAUACACAUAGUUCUGAGUCGUGAAUCGCAAGGGAAUAUUUCAAUAGACAGUUUAAACUUUAAUCAGACCAUAAUUUCAGAAUUGCAACCAGUAGACUGAUUUUAGAAAUAGCGAGGUAAUUCUUCCUUUUACCCGUUAUUAUUAUAAGUAGAUUCAAAAUACUGUGAACACAAAGAAAAUAUUAGGGCAUAGAUGUAGACGGUGUUAAAUUUUAGUGCGUAUUAAUUCAUACCGGAUUAAAGUGAAACGAGUACCUAUAACGUUUCAAGCCUCUACACAUCUGUUACUAAACCGAACCUAUAUCAAUAUUCUUGUCAAUUAUAAAUAAGGUCAUUCUUUUACACGAAAAGUCCAGAUUUUAUGGGCCCAACAUCGGAAAAAUAGAAAGUGUAGUAAUUAUGAUAUUUCAAUAUUGGUCCUAUAGAAUUAGUUACGUUUGAGCUUUACACAAGAUUUUUUACAAUAUAAGAAAUUUAUUUGUACAAUGCCGCAUUUUAACGAUAUUCAUAAUAAUAGUCUAAAAUAGCAACAAAUUCACUAAACCUGUUGAACAUAAUAUGCUCUCUGUACAUUGAAUAACGUCAAUAUUCAUCAUGCAUAUACAUUUACGCGGUUACGCGCGUCGAAAUACAUUUAGAAACAAAUAUUUAUUCGUUGUGACGUAACAUUUACGAUAGUGACUGUAAUUUUAAACAAAAAAGGUUAUUUUUUAAGUAAAAAUAAUUCCAUGUCAGUCAUGGUGUUCAACGGUUUUAUUCCUAUCUAAAAAGCAAUAAUAUCCGCAAAGUCUUCGUUUAUCAGUGAUAUAGUAAUAUAAUAGUCCAAGUCUUCUUAAAAAUAUUAUAUACCACGUAAAAAUAUUAUGUAUAUUUAAUAAUUAUACACUAAUCGUCUUGCAAUUUGAAACAUACAUCAUGACUAAACUUGUAGUGUGAACGUCUACUAAACCCUGAAGUAUUCACGUAGCCUAUGAAGGUAUUAGCUUCAAUUACAAAUAAUUUUGUAUGGUAUCAAUAGUAAUAAUAUAAAUACAUAUACCAUAGUUUUAUAAUACUUAUAUUAAUAAUACAGGGCGUCCAACUACAAUGUGCGUGAAUAUUUGCCAUAUUUCUCCACAAUAAAAUGAAAUGGACACAGGCAACUAUUUCGGUGGUUAUUGUUGAAUUAAGCUAAAGAAUCAAAAUGUCUAAGUACAUUUUAGUUGGACAGACUGCAUUAUAUAUAUACUUACGACCUCAAAACAGUAGGCCUAGAUUUUUCUCAAUUGCUCGUAUAAUUCAUUAAUAUAAUAGUAACUACAAUAAAAUAUAUACAUAUAAAAUAACAGUCAUAUACAAAUUUUACUCGUUUUAGUAAUUACAACUAAUUACACCGCGUGCUUGACGAAGUUUGUGCCAUUUUAGUGCGUUUUAUAGAGCACGAGCUUCAUCAAACUCAUAAUUAACUUGCUAUUAAAUUAUACAUUUGGAAAAUCAUAUAUUAGUUACUUGUAUAUUAAUAAUUCGUAAUUAAGGUGUAUUUGCCAUCGCGAGAGGAAAAAACAUUUCUAUCGAAUUACAUAUCCACAAGAAACAGAGCAUACUAAGCUAUCCAAAUUUCUCCAGUUCUUUGUCAUGUAAUUGUUUCAAUUAGCUUUGUUUACACUUUAAAAGUCUAUAGGCUGGUCGCUGAGCACGUAGAAGCAUUCGAUUAAAAGUCAAAAUAUUAUAGUGUUUUACAAAAAAAAAGGCAUUUAGUAUAUUUUUCUCAUUGACAGCAAGUUGGGAUCAGUUUAGCACGGCGCUGUAGCCUUUAUGUAUGAUAUUUAAUGUCGCGCUUUUACAAGACUAGUUUUAUUGGUAAUGUCUUUUUUGAACUUGUUAUUAUUGUUCGCAACUGUAUAUUUAGUAUUCUACAAAAACCUGUAAUCUCAAUGAUGAUAACAUAUAGAUAAUGCG